AUGGCCACGAUCGACCUCCCUCCUGAUCCCUACCAAGCCCUGGGCGUGUCCAAGGAUGCCAACGUACAGGAGAUUAGGUUGGCAUACCGGAAGCUGGCCGUCAGGUGCCAUCCAGACAAGUUUCACGACCCCCAGAUCAAGGCUCAGAAGCAGGAUGAGUUCCACAGAGUCCAGAUGGCGUACGAGCUGCUCUCCGAUGAUCGCGAGCGAGAAAAGUACGACAACCUUGUCCGCCUAGCCGAGGUGAGAGGACAGCGCGCAGGACAUGCCGGAGCGACAGGGCAAACUGGUUCUAGAACUCGGAAGGUGUGGGACGACGUUGGCAAAGGGUCGCGCUCCGAGUCGCGUCGCUCCGAGAUGGACAGGCUGGCUGAGCAUUACGCACGGCAACGCGUCUCCAGGUCGAGGGCGAAAGCCACGGACGAGCCGUCACUUGUCAGCCAGGCUUCGGCUGGCGCGGCGGAGCGCUCGCCGCCCCGGCCUGCUGCCAGCCCGGCCGAAGGAGGUCAGCCGGGUGCCCGCGGCCAUUCGCGCGCGCGCUCGGACGAGGGGGGCUACAACCAGCAGUCGUCGAGCGAGUUGUUCAACAAGCGCAAAUCGGAUCGAAGAAGAUCCGGUGGCGCCUCGCCUCCGUCCUCGUUCCGCCAGCCGCGGGUCGUCUCUUCCUCCCCGGUGAAGGGCGAGUCGACAGGAAGCCGCUGGAACCGUUUCCGCCGAUCGUCCGCCCCGUCCAAGCCGCGUGGCACCGCAUCGCGGGCGGGCUCGCACGGCUCCCCCACGUCUAUGCGGAGCGUCGGCUCACAGAUUUCGCAGGAGGACAUGGACAAGUUCGACUACGUCCUGCAGGCCAUGGAAGACCUACUCGAUAAGCACAUCAAGAGACUCCGCGGUCGGUUUCUGCGGAACCUGGCCAGGUCGGCCAAAUCGCACAAGAAUCAGUGCAGGGAGGCCCUGACCUCGCUCCAGGCGACGGUCCUGGAGCAAUAUGAGCACAACGGCACCGGGCGCGCUGAUGCUGCGGAUGCCGAGGGCGAUGACAAUGCCCGUUAUCGACUCCUCCUGGACCUCUUUGACGAGUUGCGGCUGGAGCUGGCCGACUUUAGCCAGCACGACCUGUCGAAGCCGGGGGCGGACUCGUACUGCGCUCUCUUUUGCGGCAGGAUCAAGUUCUUCGCAUCGCGCCUAAGUCUUUACGGGGUCAAGGCGAGCAAGCGCGAGGAGACGACACGGCAUGGCGAUGCCGAAGCCGAGUCAAUGGGCGUCAAUGGCCCCAGCGCUUGUUAG